AUGGAACGAGACUACUACGAGAAUUUAGAGAUAAACAGAAACGCAACAGAUGCAGACAUUAAAAAAGCAUAUCGACGCCUUGCACUUAAGUUUCACCCGGCCAGGAACAGAGAGCCAGGGAGCUACGAGAGGUUCAGACAGCUGGGUGAAGCCUUCGACGUUUUAAGUGACCUUCAUAAAAAAGCCACCUACGAUAAAUUUGGAGAGGAUGGUUUAAAGAGUGGCAUUCCGGUUGAACUUUCCAAAGACGGUGCUUGGUCUUCCAAAUAUGCCUAUCACGACAAUCCAGAAAAAACAUUCCAAGAAUUUUUUGGGAACAGCAAUCCAUUUUCAGACUUCUACAUCAGCGAUCUUCCUCUUCAGUUUGGUGGCUUGACCCCUGGGGAAAAUAAGAUCAAGGAUGAUCCUCUUGAACGAGACUUUUUUUUGUCCUUAGAUGAACUUUUCCAUGGAUGCACCAAGAAAGUCAAAAUAUCACGCAAAGUUAUGAAUGAUAAUGACUGCACAUCCAGCAUCAGAGACAAGAUUUUCACUGUAACCGUAAAACCUGGAUGGAAAGAGGGCACACGAAUAACAUUUCCUAGUGAAGGCGAUCAGGGCCCUAAUAACAUUGCUGCAGACAUGGUAUUCAUUGUGCGACAGAAGCCUCAUGAAAGAUUUGAAAGAAUCAACAAUGAUUUGAUUUACCAUACACAAGUCUCUUUAGAGAUGGCACUCACUGGUUUCUCUGUGGAUGUGGAGACUCUGGAUAGCAGGCUUAUCAACAUUCCUUUCAAUGAAAUUGUCCACCCAUCAUACAAAAAAGUGGUGCCCGGAGAGGGAAUGCCGCUGCCACAAGACCCUUCACAAAAAGGAGACCUCAUCUUUACAUUCGACAUUCUCUUCCCCGAGAAACUUUCUGCUGAAAAUAAGCUUCUGAUCAAACAGGCACUGCGUUAG